CUUUCAAACCUUCCAUUCCAUUUAUAGCUCUCACAAGCCAAGAAAAAAAAAAAUUAAGUUAGUAUGUAUGAAUGUAUGUGUUCUUAGUAAUCAUAAAGUGCUAAGUCAAAUACAAAUAUUGUUUGUGUGUGGUGGUUUGAUCAACAACACACAGAAGGGGUAUCUCAAAAACACAACAACAUUGGAGAUUAUGGAGCUAGCGCAAAAGAAAGGAUUUCUGGUUCAUCAUGAGUACGAUGAUCUUGUUGGUUCUUUUUAUUCUUCCUCGACAUCUUCUUCUGUUUCUGGAAUUUCAAGUGGGUCAUCGUUGGAAUCUGAUUCUUUUGAAGAAGUAACAUCCCCUGCCUCUUCUUCUCCCUCAUCAUCAGUUGAUGAUCAACUUGUAGUUGUUGCUGAUCCAUUGAGUGACAUGUCUUCUCUCUUUCAACAACUUCCCAUCAAGAGGGGGCUAUCAAAAUUCUACCAGGGAAAGUCACAAUCUUUUACUUCACUAACAAAUGUGAGGAGCUUGGAAGAUCUUGUAAAGCCAGAGAACCCUCACAACAAAAGAUUGAAGUCUUACAAGAGCUAUGCAGGAGGGUUGGCAGAGAGCCAUUCAACAAGGGUUGUUUCUAAGGGGGGAAUGAUGCAUUCAACAAGUUCAAGAGGUUCAUGUUCUUCUUUGGGAAGGGGCAGUGUCACUAACUUCAUGGGUAGUAAUAGUAGGCCAUCAAUUCCUUCUCAUAGAUCUACCAGCACUAACACCAUCCCUAAUCAAACUGUGUUGUUUGCUUAAAAGGGAUUCUGUGAUGUUUCUUUUUUUUGUUCAACCAAGGUUUUUGUUUUUGAUGAUGUGUAGAUUAAGUAGUUUCAUUCGAAGAGAAAUGUUGGAGAUUGGAGGAAAAAAAUAGUACUUUGGGUACACCUAAUCUGAUUUUUUCUUUCUUUUUAAAUGGAAGUGCCAUUCACAUGUGCAAUUUUGAUUCACAAUUUUAAUGCAAUUGAGUUAAUUUUUCUGACAA